AUGGACGUCAACCUGUCUAUGCUCCUCGAUCGUCCGCCACACGUACAAGGAAGACUUUGCAAUGUUCCCCCUCUAUCAGAAUCGGAUUUUGAACAAGACAAUGGGUCCAUAGAGGCAGAGACUUUCGGCGAGACUCUGAAUGAGGCCAACGUCUUCGCGAUAAAUGCUGUGCAACUAGCUCGGACAGUGGAUCGCUUCUUCACUAUUAAAUUUGACGAAGAUAGUGGUCACUCACAAGAUAUCUGUUUAGAGCAAAUUUCGUUGUGGUCGUUAUCACUUCCCCCGGAAUUCAAGUCUUUGUCAACGAAUAGUAGCAGAUGGGCUAUAUUGACUCAGAUCUUAUGCCAGGAAUACCGGCUAGUUUUGCAUCGGAGCAACCCUAGGUUUUCUCUCAACACAGGGCCAGGCACUCCGACAUUCGAAAUAUGUACGGAGAUCUCCCACAUGCUGGAAAUACUCAUGGCGAAUGACCUCGUAUAUGCUGCUGCAGCUAGCAUCCUUUUUCAGAAUUGCCCCCGUCCUGUCCGUGCUCCGAUCCAUAUAGUCAACAUCCACAGAGGGGACAGCGGUGUCCGAAUGAUUUCCGAGCAUCGCGCCCGCUUCUGUAUGGUGAUACUUGAAAAGUUGCAAGAUCGGUUACCGGUAGUUGCGGCCUUCUAUCCAAUUUAUGAGGCCUUGCUUAAGCGACACUUUGCGGGUGUUCAGACACAAGAUGGCGCAAAGGUGCCAGAACGUCAGGCAAGAGGUACCUCGAUGAAGAAUGGACCUCGUCAACUUGACAAUGGAAGCGAUCGUGAUAGUAUGGGUUCAACUGAAGGCUUGUUUGACCAGGUACUUCAAGACAGCAUGAGUACGGCGUUUCCUUUUUCGUUUCCAUUCGGCAAUCUGUUCGAAGAUGUCUUUCUGAGCUCGCCUUCUCAGCCUACAUCGUACUGUGAAGUUGAUAUAUCUUCUCCUUAG